CUGGAGGAAGCAAGGGGAAAAACUCCACUGAAAAGCCCAGCUUUCCUCCAUGUUAGAUAUGAAGUGGAAAGUGAGGAAGAUCUAGCAAAAUUCCACCGUGACUUCAGCCAGGCUGGAGAAGAGGAGAGCAGAGUGAAACCCUCAGGCUGCUGAAACUUCUAGACUGCCAGGAAGCCCCUAGAAUUCUGUGAAAAUGAGGAUUUCUUAACUCAAACUGAUAAGGAAAAAGAGACAAACCCUUUUAAUAAUUCCCCCAAGUGUAUGUUACUUUUGUUUACCGGUAUGGUAAGCAAUAGGGCAUAUGCUAGCCUCGGACAUGUCUGUAUGAUCCAAGGUGACCAAAGUAAGGCAGAGUAAACUCAAGCCUGGCAUUCGAUCCCCACUGCUUCAUGUGCUUUGGAAGCAGCAACAGCAGCAGCAGGAGUCACAGCAGCUGGAGCCGCAAGAAUGAACUGCAAAGAGGGAAAUGACAGCAGCUGCGGCUGCGGUGGCAACGAGGAAAAGAAGAUGUUGAAGUGUGUGGUGGUCGGGGACGGCGCCGUGGGGAAAACCUGCUUGCUGAUGAGCUAUGCCAAUGAUGCCUUCCCAGAGGAAUACGUGCCCACUGUGUUUGACCACUAUGCAGGUGAGGUUCCCUGUGGUCCAACAGAAGACAAAUUAUCUGCCCCAGAUACAUAUCACCCCUUAUACAAUGGUGGAAAAGGAAUGGGAUAACCAAAAUGUUCAAACCCCCCUAUAGAAAAGGAAGAAUGGGACAUCGCAAUAAUAGAAUCCUGAUGGCAAUCCUGAUGGCAACUUCUAUUUGUGGAAUGCAGAAACAAUCAGUUUUCCAACUCUGUAAGGUCGUUAAUAUCUGUGUUCUAUCAAUCUUUGUAUAAAAAACAAACAAUGCAGCUCUUCCCUUUCUUGUAACACCUUGCUAAACACAUAAAGUAACAAU